GCAACAAGAUCAAGUUCGCCUACUGUUAUACAUGAAAAGCCCGCAGAGCCUGCCAACCAUGGUGCCAAGGACGCGGAGAAGAGCGGCGCAUCUGCAAGGGUGGUUGACCCAACGAACAGCUUUGAUGUCUACGGGAACGAGGAUGGCGCUGAGAUCCAGUACCGGACCAUGGUCUGGUGGAAAGCCGCAGCACUGAUGCUGGCGGAGACCGUUUCCCUUGGCAUUCUCUCCAUUCCCUCCGCCUUUGCCAGCCUCGGCAUGGUUGCAGGCGUCAUCCUCGUCCUCUUCCUCGGCACCCUCGCCACAGCGACAGGCUAUGUCAUCGGCCAGUUCAAGCUGCGCUACCCGCACGUGCACAACAUGGCUGACGCGGGCUACAUUCUCGCCGGCCCCAUCGGCCGCGAGGUGCUCGGUGCCGCACAGGUCAUCUUCAUGACCUUCGUCUGUGGUUCGCACGUCCUCACAGGCCUCAUCGCCUUUGACACCAUCACUGCCGGCGCGUCGUGCUCCGUGCUCUGGGCGGGCGUCUCAGCCAUCAUUUGUCUGGUGCUCACUAUACCACGCACGCUCAAUGGCAUCUCGUACCUCAGCGUCGCGUCCUUCAUCUCCAUUAUGGCCGCCAUUCUCAUUACUAUGAUUGGCGUCGGCAUCAUUGGACACCAGGCGCCCGUCAAGGUGACUUCCAACCUCAACUUCGCACAGGGCUUCUUGGCCGUGACAGACAUCAUCUUUGCGUACGCGGGCCACGUUGCGUUCUUCACCUUCAUCGCCGAGAUGAAGGAGCCGCAGGACUUCCCCAAGGCCCUGUACGCGCUCCAAAUCGCGGAUACGACGCUCUACCUCGUUGUCGGCGUCGUCGUCUACGCAUUUACUGGUGACAAGGCCGUGUCGCCCGCGCUCGGCAACACGGGCACGCUCCUCCGCAAGGUCGCCUAUGGCAUCGCCCUGCCCACGAUCAUGAUCGCGGGCGUCAUCAACGGGCACGUCUGUGCCAAGCUCGUCUUCGUCCGGAUCUUCCGCCGGAACGGCGUGCACUCGAAGCACAUGACGUCGCACUCGUUCGUCGGCUGGGCGACGUGGCUCGCGAUCUGCCUCGUGAUCUGGACGCUCGCGUUCGUGAUCGCGGAGGUGAUCCCGUUCUUCAACGACCUGCUCAGCGUCAUCUCCGCGCUCUUCGCGAGCUGGUUCACGUACGGCAUCUCGGGCAUCUUCUGGUUCCACCUCACGCCCAAGGCGGACCGCUGGACGACCCCGCGGCAGAAGGCCAAGACCGUCUUCUGGGCCCUCGUCGUCCUCUCCGGAGUCUUCAUCAUGAUCGCCGGGCUGUAUUCGAGCAUUUGGAGCAUCAUCCAGGGCUACGAAAAUGGCACCUUCCCCUCGCCCUUCAGCUGCACCAGCCGGGCACUGUAAAUGUGUUCUGCGGCAAGCUUUUUCACGACUCUCAAUCGCAAGUCUGCACCACGACGAUACCCUAUUCCAUCCCGCCCUCGCACAAAAUACGUCUGUUCCAUGGCUUCACGUUGGGAAUGCGCAUGUAUAUAUGCAGGCGCAUGGGUGUAAACCAUAACAUGUAACACUAAUAUACCAUAAUCU